AUGGGCCACAACUAUUUUGAAAACGUUGGUUACUUUUUACGGACCUGCAACGGUACAAAGCUACGUUACGAUCAAGCAUGUUUGCAAAUUUCUACGACUGAAAAAAUAAGCUUCUGGAGUCAGUAUGAAGAAUGUGAGGAUUGUAUUUUGCUGAAGACAGCAGAUUUGUAUGACAAUGGAGUUGUUGUUGUGGAAACGUUUAGCCCCUUACGAUAUUCAGUUCGAAACGAUCGAGGACAAAUUUGCAAUGGCACAUACGCAUUUGGCGAGUUUGGUCAGUACUCCCUCAACCUGUCGGAGGUGGUUACAGACGAAUGCCAGCCCCGUAUGACAGCUGAGCCAGAUGCCGCCUACCUCCCGAUCCUAACCGCCAUCGUGGUACUGCUAUCGAUGGCCACUCUGUGGUACAUUGUUAAGGGGAUUGGGAAGAGGGUGGUAGCUGGCAGGCUCUACGCGAGGUAUUUUGCAAGGGAGGACAACGAGCUCGGGUCGGAGACUCGUGUGCUGACCACGGAGGCGAGUGUGCCUCGCUCUCCAACGCGAUCUCGACUACGAUCUCUCGAUAUCUUUCGCGGUAUCGCCAUAGCUCUGAUGAUUUUCGUGAACUGUGGCGGCGGUGGAUACGGUAUCUUCAAGCAUUCGGUGUGGAACGGACUGACGGUGGCCGAUGUGGUGUUCCCGUGGUUCGCGUUCGCGAUGGGCGAAGCCCUGGUGCUAUCACUCAACGCCCGCUUGAGGACUUCCAUGCCGCGUUUCACUGCUUUUGGUCAGGUGGCGCGACGGUCUCUAUUCCUAGCGCUGAUCGGCAUCUGCCUGGGCUCAGUCAACGUGUCCUGGACUAACGUGCGGCUUCCCGGGGUCCUGCAACGUCUGGCCGCUAUGUACCUUAUUGUUGGUACUCUGGAGUGUGCCUUCAUGAGGACCAGUCAGAACAUUACGCCUGGUCGCUCCCUAUUCCGAGAUAUCGCUGCGGGAUGGCAACAAUGGCUCGCUACAAUCCUUCUGGUUUCAAUACAGAUUUGCAUUUCCCUGACCGUGGCUGCACCAGGCUGUCCUCGCGGCUACUCAGGCCCGGGAGGCUUGCAUCGAACCGCUCUGGGAGACUUUUCAUUACAAAACUGUACUGGAGGCAUCGCUGGUUACAUUGAUAGGCUUAUACUUGGACCAUCACAUUUAUACAAGCAUGGAAGGUUCCAGCAGUUAUACCGGACCGUACUGCCCUACGAUCCGGAAGGCGUCCUCGGUGUUCUGUCCGGCAUUUUGGUAGUUCAGGCCGGUGCUCACGCGACGAGGAUCAUGCUGGCCUAUAAUCAUGCUAGGGCACGCAUAAUGCGCUGGAUAUUCUGGUCGAUUGUCUUUGGCGUGACCGGUGGCGCCCUCUGUAUGUUCUCGAAGAACGGAGGUCCCAUCCCCAUUAAUAAGUCGCUGUGGUCGGUUUCUUACUGCUUGGUCACUGCCUCUAUGGCCUUCUUCAUCCAAGCAGUACUAUACUUUGUGGUCGAUUUGAAGAACAAAUGGGGCGGAAGGCCACUGUACUAUGCAGGUCAAAACGCUCUAUUCCUGUACAUCGGCAGUGAAUUGCUGAAGCGUCACUUCCCUCUGUACUGGCACAUCCCCGCGCCGACUCACUCGCAGCUGCUCGCCACGCACGCCGCCGCCAUGCUCAUGUGGCUCGCGGUCGCCGUCGCACUGCACAGGAAACGCAUCUUUAUCACCCUGUAA